GGAGCCCGCGGGAGGGGAUCUGACGGCGUCUUGAGCGGCGGCCGCAGCUGCAGCAGGACGGCCGGCCGGCGGCUCGGGGCCGCGCGCCGGGAACCUCGCGGGGCGGGCGGGCGCCGCACCUCGGCCUGGCCGCCUGUGCCCCGGGGAGGCCCCUGCGCGCGUCGGGACCAGCAGCAUGAGCAGCGGCUACAGCAGCCUCGAGGAGGACGCGGAGGACUUUUUCUUCACCGCCAGGACCUCCUUCUUCAGGAGAGCGCCUCCGGGCAAGUCCCGUUCGGGUCAGCCGGAUGUGGAGAAAGAGAAGGAAACUCACAAUUAUCUCAGCAAAGAGGAAAUCAAAGAGAAAGUCCAUAAGUACAAUUUAGCCGUCACAGACAAGUUGAAGAUGACCUUGAACUCAAAUGGGAUUUACACUGGCUUCAUUAAGGUGCAGAUGGAACUCUGCAAACCCACCCAGACCCCAGCCAGCCCUGGGAGACCCCCACCCAGCAGCCGAGAGUGUGUGAACACUCUUCACAUCAGCAGUACAAACACCGUGGGAGAAGUGAUCGAGGCCUUGCUCAAGAAGUUUCUGGUGACGGAGAGCCCCAGCAAGUUUGCACUUUACAAGCGAUGUCACAGGGAAGACCAAGUGUAUGCCUGCAAGCUCUCUGACAGGGAGCACCCGCUCUACCUGCGCUUGGUAGCAGGGCCCAGAACUGACACGCUGAGCUUUGUCCUUCGAGAACACGAAAUUGGAGAGUGGGAAGCCUUCAGCCUGCCAGAGCUGCAGAACUUCUUGCGCAUCUUGGACAAGGAGGAGGACGAGCAGCUGCAGAGCCUGAAGCGGCGCUACACAGCCUACCGGCAGAAGCUGGAGGAAGCCCUGGGCGAGGUGUGGAAGCCCGGCUAAGGCGAGGGCUUCCUGUCAGGAAGGCACAGCUCGGACCAUGAAAGAGCGGCACCGCCCCUGCUCAGAGAGCUGUUUCCGUGCCCGCCAUGCUAGGGCCUUCCUCUUCACUCUAGAUACAGUUCUCAAAGCCUGCGCACGCAGCAUCCUGCGCCUCACCAAUUGGCACAAGGGACUCCGCAAGCUUGUUCUGUUGGCAUGGCGACGUUACCUCUUGCAAGCUGUGAGCCUGUGGUCCUCAGGCACAUCCUGGAGUGCUCAGAAGCAUGAACUCUGGGUCGAUUCCCUGUUUUCUUCUAGUUACUUUGAUUAUGUGAUCUUUGUUAGGCGUCAGGGUGAGCAGAUACUAACAAGUGGUCUUUGCAAACUUGUCCUGCGGCGAAACUGCCUGCUUGGUUGUCUUCAUUCGGAACAGUCUGCUCCGCGAUCUGAAAGACACAGGAAUAUAGGAACUCUGGGGGGUUGGGAGAAGAUGUGUAAGGGUUUUGAUGAAGAAAGUAAAGAGCAUGUUGGGAAGGUAGAGAGAGUGGAGAGCCCUCGGCUUGGGAGGGUGGUGUGGCUUCUGAGUUAGUGAUAGCGGAGGAAGGUGUUAUUUGUUCGUAAAGGAGUCAAAAGCAUUUAAAAGCAUUCAGGGUUGAUGUUUUAAGAUGGCUUGAUUUAGUGGUAAAGUGUGGGGUCAGAGCCAAAGAACUAGGAGCUGAGCCCAAAGGAGGGGUCCAUGAACUGCAGCUGGCCUGUGGUGGAUUUACCCUUGACUGAGGUGAUCCCGAGGAAGGCCCCCCCCCUGCUGCUGGCCCUGUGGUGAUCCAGACAUAGGCCUCCUGCUCCUGUGGCUGGACCUGGCAUCUGUGCACCAGCUCCCCGAUUCUGCUGGUGUAGAGCGGAUGGUCUCUGGGUAUAGCUUCUGUGUAGGUUCAGGUGGGGCCUGACCAUGACUGAUCACUGUUAAAUGUAGUUGCCCCCCACCCCCCACCCAGAGCUUUUUUUCAGUUAAAAAGGAGUUUAGGUAAGGGCAGCUGUUUACCCUCAGCUGUUAGCUAGAAGAUGUAUCAAGUCCAGGGCUCACAGCAAACUUUUUUUUUUCAAGACAGGGUUUCU